CAUUUUUUCUGAAAAGCGGCGUGUUUUCAGAUUUAGCAUUUUUGUGUUUUUUGGUUUUAGCUCGAUUACGAAAACUAAAAUUAGAUAGCUAUGGCGUCUACAUCUAAACCUCGUUCGGAGAUGACUCUGGAAGAGUUGGCGAAGAUCGAGGAAGAAGAAUUUAGCACAGGACCCCUAUCGGUUCUCACGCAAUCUGUGAAAAACAACACACAAGUGCUUAUCAAUUGCCGAAACAAUAAAAAACUUCUGGGUCGUGUGAAGGCCUUCGACCGGCAUUGCAACAUGGUUUUGGAGAAUGUAAAAGAAAUGUGGACUGAAGUACCCAGGACCGGUAAAGGGAAAAAGGGCAAAGCAGUCAAUAAGGACAAGUUCAUCUCAAAAAUGUUCCUGCGUGGCGAUUCUGUAAUUCUAGUGCUUAGAAAUCCAUUAGCGACCGCUGCUGGAAAGUAAAUUUAUCAUAAGUUUAUUCUAUAAGAACUUACACAAAUACCACUUGUAGACUUUGUUUAACUUGGAUUUCAGUUUUUAUAUUGAACAAUUACUUUAUAUCA